AUGUUCCGCCAGGAGCAGCCGCUGGCUGAGGGCAGCUUCGCGCCCAUGGGCUCCCUGCAGCCGGACGCUGGCAACUCGAGCUGGAACGGGACCGAGGCGCCGGGGGGCGGUGUUCGGGCCACCCCUUACUCUCUGCAGGUGACGCUGACGCUGGUGUGCCUGGCCGGCCUGCUCAUGCUGCUCACCGUGUUUGGCAACGUGCUCGUCAUCAUCGCAGUGUUCACGAGCCGCGCGCUCAAGGCGCCUCAGAACCUUUUCCUGGUGUCGCUGGCCUCAGCCGACAUCCUGGUGGCCACGCUCGUCAUCCCCUUCUCGCUGGCCAACGAGGUCAUGGGCUACUGGUACUUUGGCAAGGCAUGGUGCGAAAUCUACCUGGCGCUCGACGUGCUCUUCUGCACGUCGUCCAUCGUACACCUGUGCGCCAUCAGCCUAGACCGCUACUGGUCCAUCACGCAAGCCAUCGAGUACAACCUGAAGCGCACACCGCGCCGCAUCAAGGCCAUCAUCGUCACCGUGUGGGUCAUCUCGGCCGUCAUCUCCUUCCCGCCGCUCAUCUCCUUCGAGAAGGGCGGCCGCGGCGGCCCGCAGCCCGCGGUGCCGCGCUGCGAAAUCAAUGACCAGAAGUGGUAUGUCAUCUCAUCUAGCAUCGGCUCCUUCUUCGCGCCCUGCCUCAUCAUGAUCCUGGUCUACGUGCGCAUCUACCAGAUUGCCAAGCGCCGCACCCGCGUGCCACCCAGCCGCCGAGGCCCGGACGCCGGUGCCGCGCCGCCGGGGGGCGCCGAGCGCAGGCUCAACGGCAUGGGCCCAGAGCGCGGCGCUGGCCCUACAGGCGCCGAGAACGAACCGCUGCCCGUCCAGCUCAACGGCGCUCCGGGGGAGCCCUCGCCGGUCGGGCCGCGCGACGCCGAAGCGCUGGACCUGGAGGAGAGCUCCUCGUCCGAGCACGCCGAGCGGCCCCCGGGACCCCGCAGGCCCAAGCGUGGGCCCCGGGCCAACGGCAAGGCCCGGGCGAGCCAGGUUAAGCCUGGGGACAGCCUGCCGCGGCGCGGGCCGGGAGUGGCGGGGCCCGGGGCACCGGCAGCCGGGCCCGGGGAGGAUCGCGGCAGAGGCGCCAAGGCGUCGCGCUGGCGCGGGCGGCAGAACCGCGAGAAGCGCUUCACGUUCGUGCUGGCCGUGGUCAUCGGCGUGUUCGUGGUGUGCUGGUUCCCCUUCUUCUUCACCUACACGCUCACUGCGGUCGGCUGCUUUGUGCCUCCCACGCUCUUCAAGGUCUUCUUCUGGUGCGGCUACUGCAACAGCUCGCUGAACCCGGUCAUCUACACCAUCUUCAACCACGACUUCCGCCGCGCCUUCAAGAAGAUCCUCUGCCGGGGGGACAUGAAGCGGAUCGUGUGA